AUGGAUAAAGUAUGUCAAUAUUGUCAGGCAUUGAAAUUUCGGAAUGGAGCAGCCGGCAUGUGCUGCGUAUCAGAAAAAGUUGUGCUGUCACCUCUACCCGCUCCGCCAGAGCCUUUAUUAUCCCUUCUUACUGGCAAUUCAGAUGAUUCCAAAUUAUUUUUGCGUAAGAUACGCAAAUUUAAUUCUUGCUUCCAAAUGACGUCAUUUGGGGCAACUAACAUUUGCGAUCGUGCAUCCGAUGGACGUAAUUUUGAAACUACAUUCAAAAUUCAAGGCCAGGUGUACCAUCAAAUCGGAUCACUGAUGCCAAUGCCUGAUAACAAUCAGAAAUUUCUUCAAAUUUAUUUUAUGGGCGAUUGUGAAGAGCGCGUGACGACUCGGUGCCUGUAUAAUUUUAUUGAGCAAGCAGAAGAAAGAGCAAUUGUGAUAUUAUUGAAAAAUUUUUUAGAAGAUCACAAUCAACUAAUUCAAUUGAUCAAAAGAGUUUCGCCACGACUGCAAAAUGACAAUUAUCAAAUCGUCAUAAAAGCCGACAAAGUACCAUUAGGUGAACAUGCUGGUAGAUUCAACGCUCCAACUGUUGAUGAGGUUGCUGUUAUCAUGGUUGGUGAUCCAGUUGACAAAAGAUCUAUAAAAAUUACACGGCGGAACAACACUGUCAGUACGAUUUCGGAUCUACACCGUUCAUAUGACGCACUACAAUAUCCAUUGAUAUUUUGGCAAGGACAAGAUGAAUAUCACCUUAAUAUCAAACAGUAUGAUCCAAAUACCAGUGAUUACAGAAAUAAUAAAGUUAGCUCAAUGAACUACUACGCACACCGAAUAAUGGUUAGACAACAUCAAGACAAUUAUAUCCUUCGAUAUCGUCAGCUGUUCCAUCAAUACAUUGUUGAUAUGUAUGCUAAGGUCGAAAGCAAACGCUUGCGAUUCCUUCGAUUCAACCAGGCAAAACUACGAUCGGAAGAAUAUAUUCACUUACGAGAUGCUGUUGCUGGAAACAUCGAUGGAAAUUUAAAUCCUAAUGACAUCGGUAAUGCUUUCAUUUUACCUUCAAGCUACAUCGGCAGUCCACGAAACAUGCAGGAAUACAUACAAGAUGCGAUGACUUACGUACGUCAUUACGGCCGACCGGAUUUAUUUAUUACAUUCACAUGUAAUCCGAAUUGGGAAGAGAUACAAACUUUACUAUUGCCAGGACAACAAGCCAUUCAUCGUCAUGAUUUAACUGCACAGUGGCAAAAGCGAGGUUUGCCUCAUGCCCACAUUUUGGUUUGGCUUAAAGAUAGAAUCCGUCCUGAAGAAAUCGAUCAAAUAAUUUCAGCCGAAAUUCCAGACCCAUUAAUUGAUCAAGAAUUAUUUGAUAUUGUCACCAAACACUUGAUCCAUGGGCCAUGCGGUGCUUUCAACAUGACGUCACCGUGCAUGGAAAAUGGAAAAUGUAAAAAAAACUUCCCAAAGCCGCAUACGAAUGACACGAUCACGGAUAUUGAUGGUUAUCCAAUGUAUCGCUACAGAAGCAGUGAUUUGGCCAUAUUUGAAGUACAAAACAUAAAUAAAAAUGACGAAAUAGCACGGUACCAAAUGGGCAGAUACAUUAGCAGCAAUGAAGCUAUUUGGCAUAUUCUCAGCUUUCCCAUCCACGAAAGAGAUCCUGCUGUCCAACAUCUGGCAAUACAUCUUGAAAACGGUCAACGUGUAUACUUCAUUGACGAAAAUGUUCUCCAAAGAGCGUUCGAAGCUCCGAAAACGACUCUAACUGAAUUUUGUACAUUGUGUCAAAAACCUGAUGUUUUUGGCCAAUUCGCGAAGACAUUGGUGUAUGGUGAUGUUCCACGUUAUUUCACAUGGAACAAAUCCAGUAAAAAAUGGGAGCCACGGAAACAAGGAAAACCACAUCCUUCCAUUACAGGCAUAUUCAAAGCUAAGACAUUGGGGAGACUUUACACGGUACAUCCAAAGCAACGUGAGUGCUUCUAUUUACGUUUGUUAUUGGAUGCAUGUCGUGAACUGCAAUUGCUAGAAGACGGUAACCAUUGGGACUUAACGCUUGCUGAUGCUGCGUUGACAUCAACACCGAAUAACAUUCGUCAGUUGUUUGCAAUUAUUUUGACGACAUGUUAUCCCUCGCAAGCACAAACUUUGUGGGAAAAAUAUAAACAUUGUAGGACAGAAGACAUCUUGCACCGAAUUAGACAAACAAAUCAAUGCCAAAACAUAGAUCAUACACCAGAGAUGUACAAUGAAGCAUUGGUCUUGAUCGAAGAUUUAUGUGUUCUUAUUUCAAAUUUACCACUUAAUCAUUAUGGUAUGCCAUCACCUAAUCGUCCAGCCACCGACUUAGUCAAUACCGAUUUACAACGAGAAAAUCAAUAUGACCAUGGAAGUUUAGCAACAAUUAUCAUGAACAGUGAACCAUUACUGACAUCAGAACAAAAAAUUAUUUAUGAUCGGAUUAUGCUGGCUGUUGUGCUGAACAAGGCGGUUUUUUUUCUUGGAUGCACCCGGUGGAACCGGUAA